UGUGAAGUGAGCAGCAUGGAUCAAUGUGAGGACAGAGAGGACAGAGUCCCUCCAUCUAAAACAACUCUGUUUGGAGAACAUGAGGACCAGAGCAAAGCUCAGAGAAAGCCAGAAUCUGAAACCAACUCUGUGACCUUAAAGCAAAACAGAUCAAAGGAUGCUUUCUGUGAUUUGAUAUCACACCAUCCUACUGCUGCAAACAGGAUGCAACAGAACCUCAAACCAGAAACAGAACCCAGCUGUGUGUCAUUAAAGAGCGACAGGUCAAAGGGUCUUGGUAUUUCCUUUAAAUCAGACCAAACUUCAUCUGCACAGAGGAUCCAACAGACUUUCAGACCAGAACCAGAACCCAGCUGUAUGUCCUUAAGGAGCAACAGGUCAAAGGGUCUUGGUAUUUCUUUUAAAUCAGACCAACCUUCAUCUGCACAGAGAGUCGACCAGCAGAACUCAGUGGUUGCCAGUGGUCCAUCUGCCCAGCAGCAUCAAACCCAGCUGGACUCAAUAUUUAUGCUGCUGGAGGAAAACAUUGUUAGUUUUGUCAAAAAUGAGUUGAAGAAGAUCCAGAAGUUUCUAAGUCUGAAUGGCUCGGAGGGAUCAAAGAGUACAUGGGAGGUUGAGGAGGUGUUGGAAGGAGAGAUUAAAGAGCAAACAAGCAGCAGAGAAGCUUUGGUGAGGAUCACCCUGAACUUCCUGAGGCGGAUGAAGCAGGAGGAGCUGGCUGAACAUCUGAACAUCAAGCUUUUUGAUUCACUUUGUCAACAUAACCUUAAAUCCAGUCUGAAGAAGAGGUUCCAGUCUGUGUUUGAAGGGAUCGCUAAAGCAGGAAGUCCAACCCUUCUGAACCAGAUCUACACAGAGCUCUAUAUUACAGAGGGAGGGACUGGGGGGGUCAAUGAUCAACAUGAGGUCAGACAGAUUGAAACAGCGUCCAGGAAACCACACAGACCAGAAACAACAAUCAGACAGGAAGACAUCUUUAAAGUCCCACCUGGAAGAGAUCAACCAAUCAGAACAGUGAUGACAAAGGGAGUGGCUGGCAUUGGGAAAACAGUCUUAACACAGAAGUUCACUCUGGACUGGGCUGAAGGCAAAGCCCACCAGAACAUCCAGUUCAUAUUUCCAUUCACCUUCAGAGAGCUGAAUGUGCUGAAAGAGAAAAAGUUCAGCUUGGUGGAACUAGUUCAUCACUUCUUUACUGAAACCAAAGGAAUCUGCAGCUUUGAUCACUUCCAGGUUCUGUUCAUCUUUGAUGGUCUGGAUGAGAGUCGACUUCCUCUGGACUUCUACAAUACGGAGAUCCUGACUGAUGUUACCGAGUCUACCUCAGUGGAUGUUCUGCUGACAAACCUCAUCAGGGGGGAACUGCUUCCCUCUGCUCUCCUCUGGAUAACCACACGACCUGCAGCAGCCAAUCAGAUCCCUCCUGAGUGUGUUGGCAUGGUGACAGAGGUCAGAGGGUUCAAUGACCCACAGAAGAAGGAGUACUUCAGGAAGAGAUUCAGAGAUGAGAAGCAGGCCAGCAGGAUCAUCUCCCACAUCAAUAGAUCUAGAAGCAUCCAGAUAAUGUGCCACGUUCCAGUCUUUUGCUGGAUCACUGCUACGGUUCUGGAGGCUGUGUUGGAGACCAGAGAGGGAGGAGAGCUGCCCAGCACCCUGACAGAGAUGUACAUCCACUUCCUGGUUGUUCAAACCAAAGUGAAGAAGGUCAAGUAUGAUGGAGGAACUGAGACAGAUCCACACUGGAGUCCAGAGAGCAGGAAGAUGAUUAAGUCUCUGGGAAAACUGGCUUUUGAUCAACUGCAGAAAGGAAACCUGAUCUUCUAUGAAUCAGACCUGACAGAGUGUGGCAUUGAUAUCACAGCAGCCUCAGUUUACUCAGGAGUGUUCACACAGAUCUUUAGAGAGGAGAGAGGGCUGUACCAGAACCAGAACAAGGUGUUCUGCUUCGUACAUCUGAGUGUUCAGGAGUUCCUGGCUGCUCUUCAUGUCCAUCUGAGCUUCAUCAAGGAUGGAGUCAAUCUUUUGGAAGAACAAAAUAAUAUUUCUGUUUGGUCUAAAUUAUCUAAGAUUGUAAAACUAAAAAGUCUCCAUCAGAGUGCUGUGGAUAAGGCCUUACAGAGUCCAAAUGGACACCUGGACUUGUUCCUCCGCUUCCUCCUGGGUCUUUCCCUGCAGACCAACCAGACUCUCCUACAAGGUCUGAUAACAAAGAUAGAAAAUAGCUCACUGACCUAUCAAGAAACAGUUCAGUACAUCAAGGAGAAGAUCAAAGAUAAUCUGUCUGCAGAGAAAAGCAUCAACCUGUUCCACUGCCUGAAUGAACUGAACGAUCAUUCUCUCGUCCAGGAGAUCCAACAGUCUCUGAAAUCAGGAAGUCUCUCCACAGAUAAACUGUCUCCUGCUCAGUGGUCAGCUCUGGCCUUUAUCUUAAUGACAUCAGGAGAAGAUCUGGAUGUGUUUGACCUGAAGAAAUACUCUGCUUCAGAGGAGGCUCUUCUCAGGCUGCUGCCAGUGGUCAAAGCUUCAAACAAAGCUCUACUGAAUGACUGUAACCUCUCUGCAAGAAGCUGUGAAGUUCUGGCCUCAGUUCUCAGCUCCCAGUCCUCUAAUCUGAGAGAGAUGGACCUGAGCAACAACAAGCUGCAUGAUUCUGGAGUGAAGCUCCUGUCUUCUGGACUGAAGAAUCCAAACUGCAAACUGGAAACUCUCAGACUUAGAUCCUGUAACCUCUCAAUGAGAACUUGUGAAGUUCUGCUAUCACUUCUUAGUUCCAAGUCCUGCUGUUUGAGAGAGGUUGACCUGGAGAACAACAACCUCCAGGAUUCAGGGGAGAAAUUGCGGUAUUACCUGAAGAAAUACUCUGCUUCAGAGGAGGCUCUUCUCAUGCUGCUAUCAGUUGUCAAACCUUCAAUCAGAGUAUUACUGAAUGACUGCAACCUCUCAGAGAGAAGCUGUGAAGUUCUGGCCUCAAUUCUCAGCACUGGGUCCUCUAAUCUGAGAGAGAUGGAUCUGAGUAACAACAAGCUGCAGGAUUCUGGAGUGGAGAUGCUGUCCUCAGGACUCAAAAGUCCAAACUCAAAAGUCCAAACACUCAGACUGAAUGACUGUAACCUCUCAGCCAGAAGCUGUGAAGUUCUGGCCUCAGUUCUCAGCUCGCAGUAUUCUAAUCUGAAAGAGAUGGACCUGAGUAACAACAAGCUGCAGGAUUCUGGAGUGGAGCUUCUGUCUUCUGGACUGAAGAGUCCGAACUGCAAACUGGAAACUCUCAGACUUAGAUCCUGUAAUCUCUCAGGGAGAACUUGUGAAGUUUUGUCAUCAGUCCUGAGGUCCAAGUCCUGCUGUCUGAGAGAAUUUGACCUGGAGAACAACAACUUCCAAGAUUCAGGGCAGAAGUUUCUGUCUGGUUCAGACUGGACACUGGAAAUAUUCAGGGAGCCUGAUGGAGUCCGAUGGUUGAAACCAGGUCUGAGGAAGUAUUCCUGUCAGCUCACAAUCGACACAAACACAGUGAACAGAAACCUGAAACCGUCUCAAGAACACAGGAAGGUGACAUAUGACGGGGAGCGUCAGUCGUAUACAGAUAAUUUAAACAGAUUUGAUCACUGGCCUCAGCUUCUGUGUAGUGAUGGUCUAACUGGUCGCUGUUACUGGGAGGUUGAGUGGGGAGGAAAAGUUUAUAUAUCAAUGAGUUACAGAAAAAUCAGGAGGAAAGGAAAGAUUAUAGACUGUGUGUUUGGAUUUAAUGAUCAUUCCUGGAGUCUGAUCUGCUCUGAUGAUAAAGGUUACUCUGUCUGGCACAAUAAGAAGAAAUCUCAUAUCUCUACCUUCUCAGUCUCUAACAGAGUAGCAGUGUAUGUGGACUGUCCUGCUGGCAUUCUAUCCUUUUACGGAGUCUCAUCUGACUCACUGAUCCACCUUUUCACCUUCAACACCACAUUCACUGAACCUCUUUAUCCUGGAUUCUCGAUCAGUUCUGGCUCCUCUGUGUCUCUGUGUUGA